CUAGUGCUGCCUUGGGGCCCCCACGUGUGCUGGGCGGCGAUGGCGGCGCUGGUGGCGUCGGAGUCGGCUUCGCCGGGCGGUCGCCACGGCCCUGGCAGAGGUCAACCUGCUCGACGCCAUUUGGCUAAUCAGAUCCCCCCUAAGAUUCUGAACGACCCACAUCUGCAGGCUGCCAUCCAAGUCCUGCCUUCCAACUAUAACUUUGAGAUUCCUAAGACCAUAUGGAGAAUCCAACAGACCCAGGCCAAGAAAGUGGCCUUGCAAAUGCCUGAAGGCCUCCUUCUCUUCGCCUGUACCAUUGUGGAUAUCCUAGAAAGGUUCACAGAGGCAGAGGUGAUGGUGAUGGGUGAUGUGACCUACGGGGCCUGCUGUGUGGAUGACUUCACUGCCAGGGCCCUGGGAGCAGACUUCCUGGUGCACUAUGGCCACAGCUGCCUGGUUCCCAUGGACACCUCAGCCCAAGACUUCCGGGUGCUGUAUGUCUUUGUGGACAUCCGGAUAGACACUGCCCACCUGCUGGACUCUGUCCGCCUCACCUUUCCCCCUGCCAGUGCUCUUGCCCUGGUCAGCACCAUUCAGUUUGUGUCAACCCUGCAGGCUGCUGCGCAGGCACUGAAGGCCGAGUACCGUGUGAGUGUCCCACAGUGCAAGCCCCUGUCCCCUGGGGAGAUCCUGGGCUGCACCUCCCCACGCCUGCCCAAAGAGGUGGAAGCUGUUAUAUAUCUGGGAGACGGCCGUUUCCAUCUGGAGUCUGUCAUGAUUGCCAAUCCCGGCAUUCCUGCUUACCGUUAUGAUCCGUACAGCAAGGUCUUGACCAGGGAGCACUAUGACCACCAGCAGAUGCAAGCCAAUCGCCAAGAAGCCAUAGCCACAGCCCGCACAGCUAAAUCCUGGGGCCUGAUCCUGGGCACUUUGGGCCGCCAGGGCAGCCCCAGGAUUCUGGAGCACUUGGAGUCUCGGCUCCAUGCCCUGAGACUUCCCUUCCUGAGGCUGCUGCUCUCUGAGAUCUUCCCCAGCAAGCUGAGCCUGCUUCCUAAGGUGGAUGUGUGGGUGCAGGUGGCAUGUCCACGCCUCUCCAUUGACUGGGGCACAGCCUUCCCCAAGCCACUUCUGACACCCUAUGAGGCGGCGGUAGCCCUGAGGGACAUUUCCUGGCAGCAGCCCUACCCAAUGGAUUUCUACGCUGGCAGCUCCUUAGGGCCCUGGACCGUGAACCACGGACGGGAUCGGCUCCCUCCAGCUCCUGGGCAGCCCACUGCGGGAAAGGUGCAGCAGGUGCGGUCCGGGCGCCCCACUCCAGCCGCGACUUGCGAGAACUGCAGCUGCGGAGAUGAGGAGGCACCGCCGCCGGCUCUUUGACACGCCCGGGGCUCGGGCCUCGCAGGUAUCCGAGUCAGUUCUGGGAGCGCCCGGGCUCUCCCUGUUGUCAUGGCAACGUCGCUGCUCGGGGCGGGGCUCGGCGGGGCAUU